UCAAAGUCUCAACUAGUCAAAUGGAAACAAGAAAAACGGCGGGAAAAUCCCUAGGGCACAAAUAGCACCUCUGAUUCUAAAGCACGUAUGUACCCGCCAAAUCUCGAGCCUGAGGAAGACCAAACUAACCCAACAGCAUUUCAUCUCCGGCCACCGACACCACCCACCAAAUCGGCGGACCCGAUGGUUAGCGUUUCAUUCUACGUUCCAGAUUGCAAUUAACGAAGAAUAGACUAGUCAACAAGCCACAACAACUAUAAAAGUUUUCCCUUUGUUUGAUUUUUCGUGUCUUGAAUUCAACCAUGAACAUGGAUGAAAUUAUGGAUGAGGAAGAAGAGGAAUUCGAGUUCUCCAGAAAUUAUUUCCUUGCUAAGGAACACGGCAGCUCCUCCGCUAAGAAAUCCACUAACAAGCUCACUGACAUCAACCUUGUUGAUGAACAGGAACUGAGGGAAGCUUCAUUGCACAUUCAACCAAAGCAUGAAAAAGAGAUUGCAUGCUUAAUGGAUUCCUACAAAAACAUGUACCCUGAAUGGGUUCUUGCUUUAAGAUCUGGUUUUUCCCUUCUGAUGUAUGGAUUUGGAUCUAAGAAGGUGUUGCUUGAAGAUUUUGCUUCAACAGCUCUGACAGAAUAUUCUGUAGUUGUAAUAAACGGUUACCUUCAGACCAUUAACUUAAAACAGGUUUUGAUAACUCUAGCGGAAUUGCUGCAUGAUCAAGUGAAAGCUAAACGAAAGGCUUCCUCUCGGGACUUGCCCAAGAGCCAGCAGCCAUCCAAUUCUCAAUCCAUUGAAGAUCUUCUUACAUUUUUGGAUGAAGCUGAAAUAGAAGAGGAUGGUUAUGUUAUUUGUGUUAUAAUUCACAAUAUUGAUGGACCUGGAUUAAGGGACUUUGAAACUCAACAGUAUCUCGCUCGAUUAGCUGCAUGUACCCAUAUUUGCAUUGUUGCAUCAAUUGAUCAUGUGAAUGCGCCCUUAUAUUGGGACAAGAACAUGGCUCACACACAGUUCAACUGGUGCUGGUAUCAUGUUCCUACAUUCGCCCCUUAUAAGGUUGAAGGAAUGUUUUAUCCUCUGAUUCUGGCACACGGUGGUGCGAACCAAAGUGUCAAAACAGCUACCAUAGUUUUGCAAAGUUUGACACCAAAUGCGCAGAGUGUAUUCAAAGUUCUGGCUGAGCAUCAACUCUCUCACCCUGAAGAAGGCGAGUUUUUAUCAACUUCUUAAAUGUUGCUUGUUUGAUAUAUGACUUCGUUAUUUGGAAUUUGGAUAACCAUAACGUUGUUCAACGACCUUUAUUAGUGUGAUUAUGGUGUGGUCCUUCUCAUUCUCUCUCGACUUUAUUUCCUUCCUGCCAUAGAAACAAUUGCCAUCAUUUUCAAAAUUCACCAACUUUUUCACUACAGUUAACUAUCUGUUGUCGGCUGUGAACAACCGAAAUGAUGGUUGUACAAAUAUCAUUUUCGUUUC